AUGGAACAUAGGGAUGUCUUAUACAUUAUUAUGCUUUUGACAGAAAUCUGAAAAAUGUUAGAAAGUCCAAAAUCCAGCAAGACCUCUGCACUAAGUGCCAAAGGCUCAGUAAAGAAACUUAAAGGAGAAACCAAAGCUAAAGGAUCAGCCAAAGGCAAGCGAAAACAGCUUGGUAAAAAAGAUGAGGAAGAGGACAUAUCUAUGGCUAGCAUAGGCCACCCAGAGAUCUUUCCAUUAGUUUUCACUGAAAAGACACAGGAAAUUUUAAAUUGUCGAAUUAAUGAAGAUAUCACAGAAGAAAAACCUUACAAACUUCUGAAAAAAGAGGACAUAAUUCAGGAUAUGAAGACAAGAGCUGCAGUCUCCGAUUUCCACCCAGUCAAAAAAAUAGUCCUAGAAUAUCCAGGGGAAGAACUUCUGAUAGUUUUAGAUACAGAGUUCAAAUAUGGACAGAACUUUUAUCUUGUUGCAACCGAAGAGGCCAAGGAAAGCUUUUUAAAUCCUCCAGAGGCAGUGGAAGAAGAAGGAGAGACUAAAGAAGGAACGACAGAGGAAUACGUUUAUAAGCCUCCUGUCCGCAAACCUUGGGUCUCCCUUGGCAGUGAAAAGGAAAUUGAAGAAGAAUCAGUUAAUGAAUCUCUUAGAAAGAUUAAAUAUAUGAUUUCUCGAGUGCGCAGAGAGUUUGGUUCAAAGGUCAAAUUUACUGAUAGAAAUGCUUCAAGUGUGAAAGAUGGCUACAUUGAAUGUACAUCCUAUCAGGAUAAAAAUUUCAGCAUUAUGAAACUUGAAAAAGAUGUUGGUGCACAAGUCGUUCCAAAAGUAAGGGAAAUGAGUACUCAAACAAAGUGGACCUAUCCAAGAAAUGCAGCCACACAGUACUUUCCUAGAGAGUUCUCAGGUGAAGAAAAAGAGCUGUGUUUGUCAUCUGAGGAUCUGAAAGAAUUUAUUAUCUCAGUGUUUUUAAGAGUGGAAAUAGCAUUGCAGCAAAAUGAAAUUAUGAAUGCCUUUUUUGAUGACUGGAAAGCAUUAGCAGAAGAUGAAAGUGCCUUUGGUGGCAAGUCAGAUGCUUACCUUAAGGAAUACCAAUCGUUUACAGACCUGCACUAUCUGAAGCAUAGAACAGUUAGCUGUGUUUGCUGGCAUCCAACCAUUUAUGGGAUUAUAGCAGUGUCAGUAACAGAGCGGCUUUCUUAUGAAGAACGCAUUACCCAAUCUGGUAAACUGUUGUUGCAGAAGUCACCAAUUCUUUUUUGGAGUUUCUCUGACCCUAUUCACCCUCAGUUAAUGCUGGAGUGCCCUGAAGACGUCUACUGCUUUGAAUUCUGUCCAUCUGAUCCCAAUAUCAUUGCUGGAGGCUGCAUGAAUGGACAGGUUGUACUGUGGGACAUUUCUGAGUAUGAAGAAAAGCUGCAGAAUGCUAAAACUGGUGCUGGUGGAAGCAAGAACACUGCUGUUAAUAUGCCAACGUUUAUACAAGCACAACAAAGUGGUAAGGAACCACAUUUUGUGAGAUAUUGUGCAGUCUCUUCUAUAGAAUAUGGCCAUAAAACAGUAAUAACAGAUAUACACUGGCUGCCAGACUAUUUUGAGGUGAAUAGAAUUAAAAUGAUUUUUAAGCAUACGAAGAGCAAUAAUCUACAAUCUCUGGUUUUGUGGAGCUCCCUAUUAUUUUGGGAUCUUCGAGCCCCCAAAACUACUAUUCAGAAUUCAACUGAGAAGGCAAAAGAUGAGAAGGCUAUUGAGGCUCCCCCUGAUGUGCCGACUACUUUUAAACAUCUGGAUCUCUCCUGGAGACCUCUCAUUAAGGCAAACCUAUCCAAGAGCGACACAAGUGGAGACUAUAGUCCUACUAAAAUUAGCCUAGUGGAAGAGCAUUUCCAUUACAAAAUGCAAGAUAAGAUGCAAUACCAAAUCAAACCAGAAACGUUUGGAGACGAAAAUCCUUAUAAGCAGUUAAGGGUCCCUUCAGCCAAACCUCUUAAGAUACUGGAGAAUAUCGCCACCAACUUUUUUGUUGGAACUGAAGAUGGUGAAGUUAUUUAUUCCGACUGGAAGAUGGAAAGAGAGAGCGACUCAGGAAGGCUGAUUAGUCAGAAACCAGCUAACAAAUACACCAUCCAUGAUGGAAUUGUCCAUACUAUACAAAGAUCUCCAUUUUUCAAAGACAUCAUUCUUAGUGUUGGAGGCUGGAAUUUUGCCAUAUGGAAAGAAGGUGUUACAAGCGGCCCAAUCCUUCAAUCAUGCUGCUCAUCAAAAAGAUAUACUGUAGGACAUUGGUCCUUAUCAAGAGCAGGAGUUUUCUUCAUUGGUAGAGAAGAUGGAAAUAUUGAUAUUUGGGACCUACUGGAGAAAACACAUGAGCCAUCCCAGACCCAGAACAUCUCUAUAUCAAUGAUCACCUGCAUCAAACCCUGGAUUGUCUCUUCAAAGCAGCACUUUUUAGCCAUAUCUGACGACUUUGGAACACUGCAUGUUUUAGAAAUCUCUUGGACAUUAAGUCGCCCUUCCAGUAAUGAGCGUGCCAGUGUUCUUCAUUACUUUGAGAGAGAGGUCAAACAUCUGGAUUAUUUUGAACAGCGGCAAGAAUUCCGAGCCAAAGAAAGAAAGGAAUUGGAGCUGGAGAAACAGAGGAAGAAGACAAAAGUGGCUGGUGGACAGAAAUCAAGAGAACAAAUGGAGGAGCAGAUGAAUAUAAAUUAUGUCGAUUUUCUGGAUGAAGAGAAGAAGAUCCUGACAGGACUUGGGCUAUUGAAAGCAACAGAUAGAUUUGCCUAGAACAGAACAGAACAAGCAUAUUGGCAAAUGUGCAUUUUUUUUUCAGGAUAGGUUAUAUUGCUUUCUUGGGAAACCUGUAUAUAUUUAAUUAGCAGCAUCUUUAGUAUGAGAACUGUAAAUAUAAAGCAUAUCACACCUAGGCAACAUUAUCUCACUAGCUUUAUUAAGAUGUUUGCUCACAGCAGCAGGCAAGAGAACACUUGAUUUGUGAUAUUCCUGCAUGGCCAUUCAUUAAUGAAUAUAGUUACAAAUUAGUCAUCUCCUGGUUUAAUGGCAUUAUUUUAAGUUGUCCUACUUAUUUAUUGUUACAAUGCGCCUAUCCAGUGCUG